CGAGGAAGAAGCUACACAACAACACAGCGGACUCUCAGCUCAGGUGAGCUGGUCCAGCUGUUGGUAGGAGAUCCUCUGGCUCCCGGAGCCUGGACGCGGCUUCCCGGCCGGACUGAGAGCAGGUCUGGGCCGCAGCUUUCUGUCGCGUUUCUCGGUGUUUUUCCCUGUAAAUCCGCCGUUAGUUUGAUUCUUUUAGCCAAACACUGAGGCUGUUAUUGAACCGGCUGCUCAAACUUCAGGAGACAGUUGGCGCUUUGAACAGGUGUUAUGAAGAGAAAUGCCUGCAGGUGUUAUUCAGGCUGGUAUUAAAGGACCAGUACGCUCUUUAUUGUUCUAGACGCAAUUAAAUCUACUGUUGUAAUAAAUCAGGUGGACUUAUGUCACCCGGCGGCGAGUUUAUCACACAUUAGUCGUUAGCAUCAAUGUCAGAUUAUUUUGGACCUUUUUAUGAUUUAUUUAAGCUGCUGUUGCAUUAGUAGAAAUCAGAAUUAUAAGGAUUUUUAAAAAGGUUUUGGGGAAAACUUGGAUUUAUUGAUCAUGUCAUUUUUUUAAAUCACAUAAAAUCAAAUUAGGCUGAAGUAUAUCCAUAAACACCCAGUAAUAUUUGUUGCUCAAGAAGUUCCUGCCAUCUUUCUUGGCAUUUUGUUAAAACUGGUUGUUUCUCAGCUCAGGUCCAGCAGGUUUGCAAACAAUAAUUUAACUUUUAACUGUUUCAGUUAAAAGUUAACUGAAACAGUUAACUUUUUCAGUUAAAGUCUAAACAGUUCAUGUCCAGGAUGUGUGGGGUCUGCAGAGAUGUCUGCUGCCCUUUUCCUGACCCUUGACUUGCACUCUGGACCUGUCUGGUUCUGAAGAUGAUUCAAGUCAGACUUUUUAAAUCCAUUACUGCAGCUGCAUGUUGUCACUCCUUGCAUUCUGGAGAUAAACGAACAUUGAAAGGCACAAAUCAAAGAGUAAAUAAAACCCAAAUCCAGUUAUUAUUUUUGCCGAUAAGCUGUUUAAAUUGGUUCUUAAGGCUGGUUUCUUUAUAUGUCUGUGCAAAGUGUGAUAUUUUCGUGUAAAUGUAUUUAAUUUUGCAAUAUUUUAGUCUGAGACCGUCUCAGUGCUGCCCUCUGUGGGUCAAACAGUGGCUGCUGCAGUUGAACUUAACCAGGCGGUCCAGAUUGGUUGACGUCACUCAGCCCAAGUUCAGCGGACACAGAGUGGAGCAGGUCUGGACGACUGGGAGAGACUGACAGCAGCUGAGGAAGAGCUGACGGCAGCAGACUCACUCAGGACGGUUUCUGCAGAGCGGUUGCUGCUUCACGCGUCCAAAAAGUCUAAUAACAGAGAAAAAAGUUGCUGCAUUUGUCACUAGUUGCAUUCUUAAGAUCUGCAGACGGUCCCAGAGAUGAGCAGCAGCCUCCUGCUGUCGCCAUGGCACCGGGGUUUCCGUCAUGGCCGCCUCCUGCUCCUGUCCUCCCGGCGGUCCAGGUGGUUCAGCUCGGACGACCGGAUCAGCCGCAGCCUCCGGGAGAGCUACAGGGUGCUGCAGCUGCCUGCCGAGGGCCGCAGCAGCCCCGCGGAGGUGAGGGCCGCCUACCUACGCCUCGCCAAGCUCUACCACCCGGACUGCGGCGAGCCCACCGCCGACGCCGGGCUGUUCGCUCUGGUCGAGGAGGCGUACCGGGCCGUCCUGGCCCAUCAGAGUAAGACCCGACAGCCGGACGGAGCGACGGAGGACGACGAGGACAAAAGCCAAGGAAACGCUCUGCAGCACCGACACUACCUGAGCUACGAGGGCGUGGGCUCAGGAACCCCCAGCCAGCGGGAGCGGCAGUACCGGCAGGUCCGUGUGGACCGGGCCGCCGAGCAGGUCCUCAGCUACCGCCAGAGAGAGCACGAGCGCGCCGCGGCAGCCGACGGGGCGAUGGCGGAGCGGGACGCCCGUCAGCGCAGCCACAAGAUCAAGAUCACGCAGGCGGUGGAGCGGCUGGUGGAGGACCUGAUCCAGGAGUCCAUGGCCCGCGGAGACUUCCGGAACCUGAGCGGCGCCGGGAAGCCGCUCAACAAGUUCCAGCACAACCCGUACGCCGACCCCAUGACCCACAACCUCAACCGCAUCCUCAUCGACAACGGCUACCAGCCGCCCUGGGUGGUGACGCAGCGCGACAUCCGGGAGGGCGCCGCCCGGGUCCGGAGCCGGCUGCUGGAGGGCCGGGCGCGGCUCGGCGACCCCAUGACCCCGGCAGAGCGCCGCCACUGGGAGCGGCUCUGCAGCGCCGUGGAGGAGGAGCUGGCGAAGCUCAACAAGAUGGUGGACGACUACAACCUGAUCGUCCCCAUGCUGGGCAUGCAGAUGGUCCACUUCAGCCUGGCCCGGGAGGCGGCGCGGGCCCAAAGGGUUGCCGAGCAACGGAGGGCGGAGCUUCUGCAGGUCCGGCAGGAAGAGAGGGAGCGGAGGAAGGAGGAGAAGAAGAGAGCCAACUCUGCAAACAGGACUCCAGCUAAGAGGCGAGGCCUGGUGUCCUGGAUGCAGAGUCUGCUCGGAUACUAACCCUGCAUAGCAACGGGCAAAA